GCAUUGUAUGAUAACAUAAGUUCCCCCUCAAUCGCGGAUGACAGACAAAAGUUUGCAUUUAACAAAAAUGUUGCUUGUAACCGCGUGAGUCACAAAAUUGCUGGGAGCGGGCGGUGAAGUUUGUUGUUUUUUGUAUAAAACUAAUUUAUUUUAUUAAAUGGCUGGAAGACUCCCUGCAAUUGUCAUAGACAAUGGAACUGGGUACACAAAACUUGGUUUUGCUGGAAACAAAGACCCACAAUUCAUCAUUCCAUCUGCUAUUGCAAUAAGAGAAACGGCUAAAGUUGGAGAUCAGGCGAUAAGGAGGUUAGGUCGUGGCAUAGAUGAUCUUGAUUUUUUCAUUGGUGAUGAAGCUACAGAGUCCACAGGUUAUUCUGUAAAAUAUCCCAUUCGUCAUGGCAUUGUGGAAGACUGGGAUCUCAUGGAGAGGUUUUGGGAGCAGUGCAUAUUUAAAUAUUUGCGUGCUGAACCAGAGGAUCAUUACUUUUUACUGACAGAACCACCUUUAAACACUCCAGAAAAUAGGGAGUACACAGCAGAGAUAAUGUUUGAAUCUUUUAAUGUUCCUGGCCUAUACAUCGCUGUGCAGGCUGUUCUUGCAUUAGCUGCUUCAUGGGCAUCAAGGCAAAUGGGAGAGAGGACUUUGAGUGGCUUAGUAAUUGAUUCUGGAGAUGGUGUUACUCAUUGCAUUCCUGUUGCUGAAGGUUAUGUCAUAGGAAGCUGCAUAAAACACAUUCCAAUCGCUGGGCGUAACAUUACUUAUUUCAUUCAGAGCUUGCUCCGAGAACGGGAAGUCGGUAUACCUCCUGAACAGUCUCUAGAAACAGCUAAAGCAAUCAAGGAGCGAUUUUGUUACAUUUGCCCGGACAUUGCUAAAGAGUUUGCAAAGUAUGAUCAGGAGCCAAGUAAAUGGAUGAAGAAAUAUGAAGGCAUCAACACAGUUACUCAACAGCCCUUUUCAGUGGAUGUUGGAUAUGAACGUUUCUUAGGUCCAGAAAUUUUUUUCCACCCUGAGUUUGCAAAUCCUGACUUUAUGUUACCAAUAUCUGAAAUUGUUGAUACUUGCAUUCAAAGUUGUCCUAUUGAUGUCCGAAGACCGUUAUACAAAAAUAUUGUUUUGUCUGGUGGUUCAACCAUGUUUCGUGAUUUUGGUAGAAGACUGCAAAGAGACAUAAAAAAGGUUGUUGACGCGAGAUUAAAACUGAGUGAAUCAGUCAGUGGAGGUCGAAUUAAGCCAAAACCCAUUGAGGUACAAGUCGUUUCUCAUCACAUGCAAAGAUAUGCUGUUUGGUUUGGAGGUAGUUUGCUGGGAUCUACACCUGAAUUUUACCAAGUCUGCCAUACCAAAGCAGCAUAUGAGGAAUAUGGUCCGAGCAUCUGUCGCCACAAUCCCGUCUUUGGUGCCAUGACAUGAGAUUUAAAGGAAAUAACAGAAGUUAUUGAUGUGCAAAAAAUUUGUAAUAUAUUUGAAAUAUAUAUAUAUAUAUAAACUUUUAAAAGCAUUGCUUCCAAGGUACUUUUAGCUUCCAUUAUGGACUGUGAUUGCAGAUGAUAGUUUAAGGUGAAAUCGAUUUGGAAAAUCCUAUCCAACGAAUUGCUCAUGCUGUUUUUCAUUGUUUUGGAUAUAACAUAUUAGUUUUUUUUUUCUACUGAUCGUUUUUCUUACAAGUAAAUAUUCAAAUCAUAUAUUGUUCAUUAUUGUCUGAUUGGGAAGUCAUCAACUAAUCACUAACUGAAUUGUUUUGCACCUGUAAUUUAUAUGGACAUCCCAUGUGAUGCAAAUUAUCAAAAUAAAAUUUUUUUUCUUUG